AUGAGCUCUACCCAGGGCAGAGAGCUGGCCCUGCAGGCCGAUCCUGAACGGCCUGAUUUCAUGAACCCUGCAGUUUUUCGCAGAAACACCCUGCCCGCGCGUUCUUAUCAUAUCCCCUCCACAUCUUUACUUCUCAAUGGAGCAUGGGAGUUCAAUAUGUCCCGUUCACCACCGGAGGCACCGGAGCCUAACGAGAAGACCCCCGACGAGGACUGGUCCAGUAUCAAUGUUCCCGGCCAUUGGCAGUUGCAGGGUUGGGGAAAGCCGAAUUAUACAAAUACACAAUUCCCGAUCCCAGUGUGCCCUCCUUUUGUACCCACGGAGAAUCCCACUGGUACAUACCGUCGAAAGUUUCAAGUGCCGGCUGAAUGGCAAGUCAACAACACAGAGAUUCGUUUGCGAUUCGACGGCGUUGAUAGCGCCUAUCACGUUUGGGUGAACAAGUCCUUGGUCGGGUAUGCGCAGGGCAGCAGAAAUCCGUCUGAAUUUGACGUCACACCACUUUUGCAGGACGGGGACAAUGAAGUCUUUGUGCGGGUGUAUCAGUGGUCAGAUGCUACCUAUAUCGAAGAUCAGGAUCAGUGGUGGUUAUCUGGCAUUUUCCGAGACGUCACUUUAAUUGCACUCCCAGCCAACGAUCGCUUGAAUGACUGGUUCAUUCGCACAGACCUCGAUCCAGAAUACAAAAAUGCGACGCUUCUCGCAGCGAUUGAUUACCUAGUCUCGGAGCAAAGUACUAUUGCACUCAAUUUAGUUGAGUCAGUGGAGGGCGCCAGUCAUGUCAUUACUUCCACAGAGCGCAUUGUGGAGCCAGGAACAUCCGCAGUUGAACUCAGCUUGCCUGUUGCCAAUCCCAAGAAAUGGACUGCCGAGCAGCCGUAUCUAUAUGAAGUAGAGAUGCUUCUGACAACUCCUGGAUCCAACAAGACAUUUAAGGCUACACAGCGCAUUGGUUUCCGCAAAGUUGAGCGCAAGGAUGGCCUCAUCUCCGUUAACGGAAAGGCUAUUCAGCUUCGCGGAGUCAACCGCCACGAUCACCACCCGCUUCUGGGCCGUGCCGUGCCGCUGGACUUCAUGAGGAAGGAUCUGCUUCUCAUGAAAGCUCACAACGUUAAUGCCCUUCGCUGCAGUCAUUAUCCCCCCGACCCUCGCCUUCUUGAUAUGGCUGAUGAGCUGGGCUUCUGGGUUAUCGAUGAGGCCGAUCUCGAAUGCCAUGGCUUCUAUGAUGCUGUCUCACGCCCAAUGGAUAUGGACGAAACCCUUGGCUACGAGGAGCGCAAGGCAAUGACUUUCCCCAAGUGUGGUGCCCAUACAUCAGACAACCCCGCCUGGCGCGCGGCCUAUGUUGAUCGCGUUCAUUCACUGAUCCAACGAGACAAGAAUCAUACCAGUGUUAUUAUCUGGUCUAUGGGGAAUGAGGCUUUCUUUGGCACGUGUCACCGUUCCAUGGUAGAGUAUGCCCGGGCUUUCGAUAGCAGUCGCUUGAUCCACUACGAGGGUGAUGUUGAUGCCGAGACUACAGACAUGUUCAGCUACAUGUAUCCAGAAAUCAACCGACUUAGAACCUUGGCAGCUACUGAAGGUGUUCCAAAAAAUGGCAAGUUUGACAAACCUAUUAUUCUUUGUGAAUAUGCCCAUGCCAUGGGCAACGGACCUGGUCUGCUUACAGAGUACGAGAAAUGCUUCGACGAGAUUCCGCGUUUGCAGGGUGGUUUUAUCUGGGAAUGGGCCAACCACGGGUUGUACGUUGAAGGAAGCAGCAAGAAAGACGGAUUUUAUGCCUACGGUGGUGACUUCGAUGACUAUCCGAAUGAUGGUACAUUCGUAAUGGAUGGUCUCUUGAACAGUGCCCAUCAGCCUCUGCCAGGUCUGUUGGAGUUGAAGAGAGUCUUUGAACCAGUCAAGUUGGAAGUCCGUGGACAAGUGUUGGUUCUUAAGAACCGGUACAACUUCUUGGACCUAAGCCAUCUCCAAGCUUCAUACGAACUUGAAUCAUUUGACAAGCAAACAAAGACUUUGGUGACUGGAUCACUUGAGUUACCCAUUGUGCCCGCUGGGCAAUCUGCUGAGAUUGCUCUCCCAACAGAGGUCUUCAAACAUAACGCUCAUCCCGCCUACUUGACCAUUACAGUUGAGCAACGAGGAAAGGUUGAAUGGGACCAGGGGAAAUAUAUUGUUGCCUGGACGCAAGAUUUGGUAUCAAAGCCAACCGAGAAAUCCCUAGUCAAUGACCUGAGCUCUGCUCAAGAGGCUAUCUCAACCAACUCCACCAAGACAACUGUGUCUGUCAGCGGAGCCAAUUGGUCCUUCGAGUUUGACCGUAUUCGGGGACAUCUCAGGAAGUGGACAUACAACUCGACGUCUAUUCUUGAGCCGCAUCCCGACACAGGGCUUGCCAUGGUGCCUGGUUUCUGGCGUCCCCCGACAGACAACGACGUACCUUCUGCGAUGCCGUAUUGGAAGCGCUUCGGAGUAAAUUGUCUCACAAACCAGUUCCGUUCCUUCAAUGUGUCACCACUGGAGAAUGGGGAUAUUUGCAUCGAAAGCGAGACAUUCCUCUCGCCUCCAGUCCUCUCCUGGGGAUGGAAAUGUCUCGCACGUUAUACCAUCAAACCAAACGGCUCGUUGUCCAUAAAGACGAGCUUGCAACCUACUGGAGCUGCACCGACAAAUGUUCCUCGCAUUGGUCUCAAUCUUCGCGCAAACUCUGAACUUCAGUUGGCACGUUGGUUCGGACUUGGUCCUGGAGAAUCGUAUCCCGACAAGAAGUUUGCCCAGAAGUUUGGUUUGUGGAAUGUCGAAGACAUUGAAUCUCUACAGACGGUUUAUGAUAUUCCGCAGGAGAAUGGAAACCGCACAGACACUGCAUGGGUGGAGCUUCUCACUUCCAAUGGAACGGGUUUCCGGGCAAGCCCGCAGGAGAUUACAGUGGUGAACGGAGGGACGGCGAGCUUGAGCUGGGCAGCUAGCCAGUAUUCAGAUGAGACUAUCGAAGCGGCACGACACCCUUGUGAUCUAGUUAAAGAUGGCGCAGUGUUUGUGAGAUUGGAUGACCAAGUCGCGGGCGUAGGAACUGCGGCUUGUGGCCCGGGGCCUAUAGAUGAGCAUCUGGUUAAGGUGCAGGAUAUCACCUUUGUGCGACUCAUGCCGCCAGCGAAAGACAAGGCUAAUGUGAUGCCCGGGACCCCUGUGGGCCCUGUAAGAGGAAAAAGUGAAAUGAUCCUGGAUACAGUCUUGCGAAUGGAAGCUUCCAUUGAAGAACUUAAGGGCAUGGUCGCUACGGGCUCUUGUUCAAGUGUGGAUGCACGCCAUCAUCAUCACCGGUACACGGUUAGGGACCCCACUGAAAGUGCCAUACUCUCAUCAGGACAUCUCUCCUCGGCAGAGUCUCUUUUGAAGUGGUCGGUUUUUCAUGACCAUCCUGCAAUAUUGGAGGAAGGAGAGUCUUCCUUUCUGUCACUCGAAUAUGGACGACCGCCCUUUCAAAGCAAACUCUAUGGCAUAUUCCCCAGCGUGGGAUUAUCCGAUGUUAAGAACAUGGUGGGUGUAUUCCAACGGACCUAUAACUUUUGGUUCCCUACAAUUAGCUUGGACGAUCUCAAAUCCUUGCAAUUGAGGAUAUGGCAGGAGAAUCUGGAGCCUAGUUGUCAAUCGUGUCUCGCAUUACUGGUCAUGGCUUUGGGUUGUGUCGGGGCUUCCAUGACAGACGAAGAGAGCAGCUCAGAAGGGAAGUCUCAACAGCUGAAACUGCAGGGAGCAUCAUGGUUCACAGCCGCAAUGAAGAUGCUUCACUUAGCCCAUAUUGAGAUGAAUGUGGAAGCGUGCCAAUGCCUCUUGCUGACUGGUCUCUACUUUUCAUUUUUGCAAAGACCGCUGCAAACAUGGUCUUAUGUGAAUAGCGCGGCAACUCGUUGUCGUUUCCUGCUUUCUUGCCCUUUUGACAACCCUGAGCGUGAUGAUCGAGAACAUAUCACUAGGAUAUUCUGGUCCUGCUUCGUACUAGAAAGCAACUAUAUCUCAGAGUUACCAUCGCUCCCGCAAAAUUGCAAUGCUGAAAUCGAAUCAAUAUUUUCUCUUCCGGGCAAAUUCCACUCACAUGAAGCUGCUGAAGAGGAAGAAAAGUCGACAUUCUACUUUCUUGCAUCGAUAGCACUCCGUCGCCUCCUCAAUCGUGCUCACUACAUGCUCUAUGACCGCGAUAUUGGCCUUCAAAUCGAUUCUAAUAAUUUUCCUUCUGUGAACCAAGAACUGGCACGCCAGCUGCAAGACUGGUAUCAAACUCUGCCUCCAAGUCUGCGAUUUCCCGAAGAUGGAAAACCCGCAGACGACCCGCAUAGCGAGUAUUUGAGGCAGUGGUAUCUGAGCUGUCGAAGUGUCAUCUAUCGGCCUUAUCUAGAAUGGGCUCUCGCUAAUCCAUUGUGGGAUCUCAACAACAACCUGCGUGUGCUCGAUGGUUGUCGGGUUGCUCUCGACACUUGCCUAUUCAAAUUAAGGUACCUCAAACAAGUGCCAUAUACUGUCAUGGUAGACACAUGGCCAUGCUCGCUUUCACUCGAGACGGCGAUGUUGACUCUCAUGGGCGGCUUCUGUCAUCCACAACUGACAAUGCAGCUUCGUCAUAUUGCCUUGCUACAGCUAGGGCCUCACCUGAAGCAGCUUUUACAACGAUGGAUGACGAUCCAUGGAUCUUCUGUUUCUCCUGGUGUCGAGAAGGCAUUGCGAUUGAUUAUGAAAGCUCAGGAGUUCUUCGAAAGCAAAAGUGCAGAUUUUGAUCCUUCCCGGGAGCAAGAACAACAUCUCUCCCCCGAGGCCCUUCGAAUGUCUGUCGGGUAG